AUGAAGAAUGCAUUAAAGUUUAUCAAUUUAACAACUAAUCCUUUAAAGAUUAGAUUAAAGCCAGUAGUAUAUGAAGCUGAUGAAGCUGGAAUAGCAUCAAAUCCCUCACCGGUAGCUGUAAAGUGUAAUCCCGAUUCAUGGGGCGGACGGACGGUUCCUUUCUUUUUAGGUCAUUCCAUUCAGCGCUGGGCAUGUCAUGACCUACCCCAUCCUUUCGCGAUAUUAAAAAAGUUUUCUUUUAGAAUUUUCCAAGUUGCCCCCGCACACACCCCUGGUCACAGUGGUGAACAAAAAGUCCCAAACAUCAUUCAUUCACAUCAUUAUUAA